GUAAUCCGUAAUGCAGUCUCUGGCUCCCGAUUCGGGAUCCAGUUUCAGAGAGCGAGAGAUUGGGGAGCGCCGGCAGCCGGGCGGGGGAGCAGCUUGCCUCUCUCCUCCUCCUUCUCCGCGUCCUCGGCCUCCUCCUCCUUCUGCCCGCGCCGCCCCGCCCCCGGCUCCGCUCCGCUCCCCCCCCCCCGCCCCCAGGAAGGGAAAAAAGGCGAGAAGAGCCGGGCAGGCGAGAGGACCGGAGCGGCGGCGCGGCCGGAGAGGGAGCGGCGGGCGCAGGCGGUGGUGGCGGCGGCGGCGGCGGGCGCGGCGUUGGCGGCGGCCCCGGCAGAGCGAGCUGAGCGGGCGAGCCGGCGGCACAGGCGUCCGCGCCGCGUCCUGGCCAGCCUCCGGGCCCGCGCGCCCAGCACAGCCCGCAGCCAGGGCAUCCGGACCCUUCUGGCGCCCGGGGGGCUCCGCCAGGCAGGGGGUGGGGAGGAGCCUGAGAGCGCCCGCGGGUGCGCUCUUGGGAACGUCUCGGCGGGGCCCAAAGCGAGUCGGGGGCGGCAGCGACAGUAGCCCCAGCUCGGAUCGGGCGCGCGGCUCGGCCGCUGGCGACGCGGUGCGCUCCGGGGGCUUUGCAAGUCGCUGGAUCAAGUCCUUGCUCGCCCGUGGGGCCUCUGCUGCUGGGGAAGCUACCAUUGGAAGCCACAGGCAAACACCAGGAGCCUGGACUUUAGGAGUUAUCGCUGCUUCCACUGUCUCCUGAAACCCUGCCCUGCCCCCACCUUGCCUUCACCCAGCCCCUGCCACUGGCUCACUGCCCUGGACGGCCCUGCCUGCUGCCGGACCCUGGCAUGUCAAGGCCUGGCCUGCACUUGCCUGCCCAGCCCGCGGAACCCCAGCGGCCCCGCGAGCUAGGAUGAGGGGCCAGGCUGCUGCCCCGGGCCCCAUCUGGAUCCUUGCUCCACUCCUGCUGUUACUAUUGCUAUUGGGGCGCUGGGCGCGCGCUGCCUCUGGGGCAGACAUAGGGCCUGGGACAGAGCAGUGCACCACGUUGGUGCAGGGAAAGUUCUUCGGCUACUUCUCGGCGGCUGCUGUAUUUCCGGCCAACGCCUCACGCUGCUCUUGGACCCUUCGCAACCCGGACCCUCGUCGUUACACGCUCUACAUGAAGGUGGCCAAGGCACCUGCACCCUGCAGCGGCCCCGGCCGAGUUCGUACCUACCAGUUCGACUCUUUCUUGGAGUCUACACGCACCUACCUGGGUGUGGAGAGCUUUGACGAAGUUCUGCGGCUCUGCGAUUCCUCUGCACCCCUCGCCUUUCUACAGGCCAGCAAACAGUUUCUACAGAUGCAACGCCAACAGCCACCCCAAGACGGUGACCUCGGACCCCAGGGCGAGUUCCCCAGCUCUAGUGACGACUUCUCCGUGGAGUACCUGGUGGUGGGCAAUCGCAACCCCAGCCAUGCUGCCUGUCAGAUGCUGUGUCGCUGGCUGGAUGCCUGUCUAGCCGGCAGCCGCAGCUCACACCCCUGUGGCAUCAUGCAGACUCCCUGCGCCUGCCUGGGUGGAGAUGUUGGAGACCCUGCUUCCAGCCCCUUGGUCCCCCGUGGGGACGUCUGCUUGAGGGACGGCGUAGCUGGUGGCCCUGAGAACUGCCUCACCAGCCUGACCCAGGACCGGGGUGGGCACGGCUCAGCAGGUGGCUGGAAACUGUGGUCCUUGUGGGGCGAAUGUACGCGGGACUGCGGGGGAGGCCUGCAAACUCGAACCCGCACUUGCUUACCCACCCUUGGUGUGGAGGGCGGAGGCUGCGAGGGCGUUCUGGAAGAAGGUCGCCUGUGCAAUCGCAAGGCCUGCGGUCCCACUGGGCGCAGCAGCUCACGGAGCCAGUCCCUGAGGUCCACGGAUGCCCGGCGACGUGAGGAGUUUGGGGAUGAGCUGCAGCAGUUUGGGUUCCCAUCUCCCCAGACUGGACUGGACCCACAGGUGACCCAGCAGCUGAGGAGUGGUCCCCAUGGAGUGUAUGCUCCAGUACCUGCGGUGAGGGCUGGCAGACCCGCACCCGCUUCUGCGUGUCAUCCUCGUACAGUACUCAGUGCAGUGGACCUCUGAGGGAGCAGCGGCUCUGCAACAACUCAGCCGUGUGUCCAGUGCAUGGAGCCUGGGAUGAGUGGUCACCCUGGAGCCUCUGCUCCAGCACCUGUGGCCGUGGCUUCCGUGACCGCACUCGCACCUGCAGGCCCCCUCAGUUUGGAGGCAACCCCUGUGAGGGUCCUGAGAAGCAAACCAAGUUCUGCAACAUUGCUCUGUGCCCUGGCCGGGCAGUGGAUGGAAACUGGAACGAAUGGUCCAGCUGGAGCACCUGCUCUGCCAGUUGCUCCCAAGGCCGCCAGCAGCGGACCCGAGAGUGCAAUGGUCCUUCCUAUGGAGGCGCUGAGUGCCAGGGCCACUGGGUGGAGACUCGAGACUGCUUCCUGCAGCAAUGCCCAGUGGAUGGCAAAUGGCAGGCCUGGGCCUCAUGGGGCAGCUGCAGCGUCACAUGUGGAGGUGGAAGCCAGCGACGGGAGCGUGUCUGCUCUGGGCCUUUCUUUGGGGGAGCAGCCUGCCAGGGGCCCCAGGACGAGUACCGACAGUGUGGCGCUCAACGAUGUCCUGAGCCCCAUGAGAUUUGUGAUGAGGACAACUUUGGGGCCGUGGUCUGGAAGGAGACCCCAGCUGGAGAGGUGGCUGCAGUCCGGUGUCCCCGCAAUGCCACAGGCCUCAUCCUGCGCCGCUGUGAGCUGGACGAGGAGGGCAUCGCCUUCUGGGAGCCGCCCACCUACAUCCGCUGCGUCUCCAUCGACUACCGGAACAUCCAGAUGAUGACCCGAGAACACCUGGCAAAGGCUCAGCGGGGGCUGCCAGGGGAGGGGGUCUCAGAGGUCAUCCAGACACUGCUGGAGAUCUCACAGGAUGGCACCAGCUACAGCGGCGACCUGCUCUCCACCAUUGAUGUCCUGAGGAACAUGACAGAGAUUUUCCGCAGGGCUUACUACAGCCCCACGCCAGGGGAUGUGCAGAACUUUGUCCAGAUCAUCAGCAACCUGCUGGCAGAAGAGAACCGGGACAAGUGGGAGGAGGCGCAGCUGAUGGGCCCCAAUGCCAAGGAGCUCUUUCGGCUGGUGGAGGACUUUGUGGAUGUCAUCGGCUUCCGCAUGAAGGAUUUGAGGGAUGCCUACCAGGUGACAGACAAUCUGGUGCUCAGCAUCCACAAGCUUCCGGCCAGUGGGGCCACCGACAUCAGCUUCCCUAUGAAGGGCUGGCGUGCCACCGGAGACUGGGCCAAGGUGCCAGAGGACAGGGUCACCGUGUCCAAGAGUGUGUUUUCCACAGGGCUGGCAGAAGCUGACGAUUCAUCUGUGUUCGUGGUUGGUACUGUGCUCUACCGAAACUUGGGCAGCUUCCUGGCCCUGCAGAGGAACACAACUGUCCUCAACUCUAAGGUCAUCUCCGUGACUGUGAAGCCCCCGCCUCGAUCGCUGCUCACACCCUUGGAGAUCGAGUUUGCCCACAUGUACAACGGCACUACCAACCAGACCUGUAUCCUGUGGGAUGAGACAGAUGGACCCUCCUCCUCCGCCCCCCCGCAGCUCGGGCCCUGGUCGUGGCGCGGCUGCCGCACGGUGCCCCUCGAUGCCCUCCGGACGCGCUGCCUGUGUGACCGGCUCUCCACCUUCGCCAUCUUAGCCCAGCUCAGCGCCGACGCGACCAUGGAUAAGGUGACCGUGCCCUCUGUGACGCUCAUCGUGGGCUGUGGCGUGUCUUCCCUCACCCUGCUCAUGCUGGUCAUCAUCUACGUGUCUGUGUGGAGGUACAUUCGCUCAGAGCGGUCCGUUAUCCUCAUCAAUUUCUGCCUGUCCAUCAUCUCCUCUAAUGCUCUCAUCCUUAUCGGGCAGACCCAGACCCGCAACAAGGUUGUGUGCACGCUGGUGGCUGCCUUCUUGCACUUCUUCUUCCUGUCCUCAUUUUGCUGGGUGCUCACCGAGGCCUGGCAAUCCUACAUGGCCGUCACCGGCCGCCUCCGGAGCCGGCUCGUCCGCAAACGCUUUCUCUGCCUGGGCUGGGGGCUCCCUGCACUGGUGGUGGCCAUUUCUGUGGGAUUCACCAAGGCCAAGGGCUACAGCACCAUGAACUAUUGCUGGCUCUCCCUGGAGGGGGGACUUCUGUAUGCCUUCGUGGGACCGGCAGCUGCAGUUGUGCUGGUGAACAUGGUGAUCGGGAUCCUGGUGUUCAACAAGCUCGUGUCCAAGGACGGCAUCACGGACAAGAAGCUGAAGGAGCGGGCAGGGGCCUCCCUGUGGAGCUCCUGCGUGGUGCUGCCGCUGCUGGCGCUGACCUGGAUGUCUGCUGUGCUUGCUGUCACCGACCGCCGCUCCGCCCUCUUCCAGAUCCUCUUCGCUGUCUUUGACUCACUGGAGGGCUUCGUCAUCGUGAUGGUGCACUGCAUUCUGCGCAGAGAGGUCCAGGAUGCUGUGAAGUGCCGUGUGGUAGACCGACAAGAGGAGGGCAACGGGGACUCAGGGGGCUCCUUCCAGAACGGCCAUGCCCAGCUCAUGACCGACUUUGAGAAGGAUGUGGAUCUGGCCUGUAGAUCAGGUGAGCGCCUGACAGUGCUGAACAAAGACAUUGCAGCCUGCCGCACAGCAACUAUCACAGGUACCUUCAAGCGACCAUCACUGCCUGAAGAGGAGAAGAUGAAGCUGGCCAAGGGCCCACCCCCCACCUUCAACAGCCUGCCAGCUAAUGUGUCCAAGCUGCACCUGCACGGUUCACCCCGCUAUCCUGGUGGGCCACUGCCUGACUUCCCUAAUCACUCACUCACCCUCAAAAAGGACAAGGCCCCCAAGUCCUCUUUUAUUGGCGAUGGGGACAUCUUUAAGAAACUGGACUCCGAGCUGAGCCGAGCCCAGGAGAAGGCUCUGGACACGAGCUACGUGAUCCUGCCCACGGCCACGGCCACACUCCGGCCCAAACCCAAGGAGGAACCCAAAUACAGCAUCAACAUUGACCAGAUGCCCCAAACCCGCCUCAUCCACCUUAGCAUGGCACCUGAUGCCAGCUUCCCUACCCGAAGCCCACCUGCCCGUGAGCCCCCAGGUGGUGCACCCCCUGAGGUGCCCCCUGUCCAGCCCCCACCACCGCCACCUCCACCACCCCCUCCACCCCAACAGCCCAUACCCCCACCACCCACCCUGGAGCCUGCACCUCCCAGCCUGGGGGACACGGGGGAGCCUGCGGCCCACCCGGGACCCAGUUCAGGUGCUGGGGCCAAGAAUGAGAACGUGGCCACCUUGUCAGUGAGCUCUCUGGAGCGGCGGAAAUCACGGUAUGCAGAACUGGACUUUGAGAAGAUCAUGCACACACGGAAGCGACACCAAGACAUGUUCCAGGACCUGAACCGGAAGCUGCAGCAUGCGGCUGAGAAGGAGAAGGAGGUGCCAGGCGCAGACAGCAAGCCAGAGAAGCAGCAGACUCCCAACAAGAGGGCCUGGGAGAGCCUCCGCAAGCCCCACGGGACGCCUGCCUGGGUAAAAAAGGAGCUGGAGCCACUGCCCCCGUCUCCACUGGAGCUGCGGAGCGUAGAGUGGGAGAAGGCGGGUGCCACCAUCCCACUGGUUGGCCAGGACAUCAUUGACCUCCAGACCGAGGUCUGAGCGGGCGGGCCGUGGCCCCACACCGGGCCAGGAGGUGGGAUGCUGCUCUGCCCGCUCCGCCAUAGGACGGGCACAGACGCGCUCGCGGUGGCGGGCCGGGUCCAGCCCCGGCCUCAGGGCGCUCAGAGGCGGCCAGGCAGAGGGCCCGCGGUGCUGGGACCAGAGCCAGACACAGGACAGGAGGUGGCAUGGCCGGCGGGCACAGGGAUCCAGAGGCCAGAUGGUGCCUCAGACUCAGCCCUCCUUGGGCAAGCCCGGGCAGGCAGGCAGGCGAGCUGCUGUGAACACGGACAGGCCUGGUGUGGCCAGCGUCCCCAGGAUGCCCACUUCAGCCACCACUGCAGAGGACUGCCUGUGGCCCACCAGCCUGGCUCCGAUUUUUAGACACCCCUACCCCUUGGGAAGCAGCCAGACCCCCCACUCCCUUCCAGGACCCUGGGCCCCUCUCAGACCCAGGCAGAGAGCAUGGUCCUGACCCAGCCCCCCCGGGACAGGACUGAGAUCACUCUGGAAAGAAGCGGGGUGGGGAAUCUAUUUUUUCUCUCCUUUUCUUUUCUUCAAUAAAAAGAAUUAAAAACCC